AUGGAUUAAUUUUUUGUUCUUUAAGGUACUUCUGAGUAAGGCAAUUCUGAGGUGCUUGAGAUGCUGGGGUGCUCUUAUGAAUGUGAUAUUAUCAACUAAAUACUAAGGAUGAAGAUAACUUAAGAAUUUGACAACAAAGAAGAAAAAACAUUCAAAGAUGUCAAGUACUAAAUUCCUAUUAAAUAAGACACUUGCUUGGAAUCUUUUACUAUCAUCUAUAAUUAGGAUACUAUUACGGGCAUGGUUGUAGAAAAGGAAGAAGGAAAGUAGAUGUUUGAAUAAAUGACAAGUGAAGGAUAAACUGCACUCUAUGCCGAGAAAUCUGAUAAUGGAGAACUUAUUGAGAUAAAUGUCGGAAAUGUUGCUCCUAAUGAUAAGAUUAAAAUAACUGUCUAGUUCUCAUCUAUUAUCAAGCUUGUCUUCAGCCAAUAUUUCUAUUUGCAAAUACCUCUAAUGGAAAAAUAAAUGAUGGAAUCUUUUGAAUAUCUUAAGCUUAAACUCACUUGCACUGGCUCUCUCUAGAAGGUAGAGUGUAUUUCCCAUAACGUUUAGGCAAACAUAAAAGAUGGUAACGAGGCAAACCUCUUGAUGACAACAAAGCAUCUUAAAGGUUCAAAGUAAUUCUUUGAACUCAUUUAUAGCUUUGAAGGAAUGUACGAACCCUCUGUGAUUUUAGGAGAAGCUAUAAAAGAAUCAGAUGAAACUACUGCUCAAGAAUAAGAAGAAAAAAACAAAUCUGAAGAAAGUGAAAAGCAAGAGAUUCCUACAUCAGAUGAAAAAAAAAUGAAUGAGAAGUAGGAGGAUGAGAUGGAAAUAGAAAUAGAUGAUAUGAAUCAAAACUUGAGAUAGUCCUGCUUCAUAAGCUUUACACCUGAUUUUGGCUAAGAAAAUAAGGCAAUUAUAGACCAGCACAUUCAAGAGUAAAUUGAAAAAGGUAAAUAGGUUUUAACUGAUGAAUUUGUUGAACAGAUAGAAAAAACUGUGUUAAAUGCCGAAAAACACAGCAAGGCAUAAUUUUUCUUCUUAAUCGAUAGAAGUGGAUCGAUGUGCACUAUUUUCUAAAAGGCCCGUGAUACACUUAUUGAAUUCCUAUAAAGACUACCUGACGAUAGUUAUUUCAAUGUUAUUUCUUUUGGAUCUGGCUAUCAAUUCCUCUUUGAGGAAGCAAAAAAGAAAAAUAAAUAAUCAAUGAAAAGUGCUUUAGAAUAAAUUAGCAAAUUCUCAGCUGACAUGGGAGGAACAGAAAUUUAUCAGCCUUUAGAGAAAAUCUUUUAAUGUAAAAACGUGAACGAUCUGUAUUAAAUGCAAAUAUUUUUAUUAACUGAUGGAUAAGUUUCUUAACCAGACAUGGUUGUUCAAUUAAUCAGAAAUAAUUCGCAUAAAGCUAGAGUUCAUUGCAUAGGUUUAGGCAGCGGAGUAGACAAAUAAUUACUAAGGAGAUGCUCUGAGUCAGGCAGAGGAGCUAAUAGAUAAGUUGAUAAUGCCUCUGAAUUGAAAGAAGUUGUUAUCAAUGUGCUAGAAAAUUCUUUUACUCCUAGCUAUACUAAAUUCCAAGUUGAAUAUGAUAAAUCUAUUGUUGAGUCUAUAUAUCCUCAAUAAGACGAAUUUCCUUCUGUCUUGAAAAAUGAGCAAUUUUUCAUGCAUAUUUUCUUGAAAAAAGGAAUUAAUUUAAAUGAGCUUUAAACCAAACAGAAAAAAGUAAAGAUAAGCUACUAUAACUGCACAAAUAUGAAAUUUGAAAAGACAGAAAUUGAACUGAAUGGAUAAGAUUAGUUUUUGCAAGAUUAAAAUUUAAAAAAGACAAUAUUUUUGAUAGGAAAGCAACUCUACCUCAAUCGUUAAUGCUCUAACUUGAAGCAAAGCUAAGAACAAAAAAAGAAAAUAAUUGAAGAAAGCGUUAAAUACUAACUCGUAACUCCAUUAACAUCUUAUAUUUCCUCUUUGCAAGGAUUAACAGAUACAAGAGUUGUAGAAUAUGAAGAGUAUAAAGUAGAUUAUACAAAAAGUACUUACCGCUCAACAGGAUCAGCAGGUGGCAGACAUAGAAAGAAUAGGAAGAAAUAAGGAUCUGCAAGAAAAUCUGCUCCUGCAACAGGUGGUGUUAUGAAACCUAUUAGCAAAAAUAGACAAAAAAAGAAAAAAUUAAAUAAUCUAAAAAGUAUCUUGUUAAGUAAAUAUACCGAUAACAAGCUUUGGAAAUACGAUUAGUAAAUUAUCCUGUAAUUUAUUGAUUCCAUGAGUAAAUUAUAAGAAUUAAUAGGAUACUUUUUUUCAGCAGGAUUAAGUAAAGACUUGCUUUGCUCAAUAAUUUUUUCUUUAUACCUAGAAAAUUAAAAAGGGUAUCGCUAAAAAGAAGCUCAUAAAGUACUAUCUCAAGUCAAGCCUUUGAUAGAACAAAGCAUUAAGAAGUCAUUUUUAUCCUAAGAAAAUGCCUUCAAAGCAGUUAAAAAAUACAUUAAAUUAUGA